CGCCUUGAUGCGCGUCGCGACUUGCACCCAAUUCUCCAUCCGUGAGCUGCAGUCCGCAAAGUCCCCCCUAUCACGCCUCUAUUCUCUAAUAUCAGGAAAUACACAGUGAAUUCACUCAUCAUAUGGGCUCUGUGUUGUUUGGCUCUUAAUAUUCUAUCGUGCUAUUCACUCAGCCGUCUCUUAUCGUCUCCUAUACCCAUCUUGUCGCGACUGGAAAUUCAUCGCCGCAGAACUGCAUCGUCGCAGAACUGCCUCGCUGCAUAAAGCCUCGCGACCAACCAUCGGCAAGUAUGGCGCAGCUAAAUACCGCAGCGUCUCCAGAUUCCGUAGCAUCUCGUCGAUAUCUCAGCCUAUCCGUGCUGUCCGAUAAGGAGAACGCCCCUCAGGCAAGGAAAAACCGCUCUAAAGGAAAAGCUCCGAUGGAGAGGCCCACCACCGAGAGAUCCGUGGAUACUAGAUCUCCGAAGCGAAGGCGACUAGAAGAGGUCGACCCAAAUGCCCGGCAUCGUGCGCGCGAAGAGGACAACGAAGUCUAUGAUCCCAACCAAAAUGAAGAGGAGCGACGGCGGAUCCGCCUGGGAAUGCGGGCCGUCGAACGCGAAGUUAAGGACCGCCAUCAAGAGCUGAUGCAGCCCGACAACACGGAGAUCAACGGCCUGCUCGAACGCCAGAAUGUAUGCAUGGACAGUGUCCGCCAGACUGCGGAUGCCACGAUCGACUCGCGCAUCCUCCACGGCAUCGGCGACCUGAUCCACAAGAAAACGACGGCCAUGACCCUUGGGGACUCCUCCACGGGGGUCGACGUCGACGAGUUUGUGUCGAAAUGCAUCUCCUUCAUGCGUCUCGGUGGCGCGGGUAAUGGGGACGAUCGACCCGCGAACACACAAACCCAGCGACGGCGGGCGCGGCGAAACGUCGAUGAGGAUGAGGACGACGAAGAUGGCGACGGCGAUGCCUGCGCAUGGGACGUCUUCGGCGAGCAGGCCUGCUUCCCUAGCAACCGGCGUCCCGCCGUAUCAGGAUUCCUUCUAGGCCCGCUCUCAGUCCAGAAACGCGUCCGACAGUCGCAGCGGCGGGUGGGGUUACGGCGCGACACGCAGGGUCCAGUGACGAAGCCGAAGGAGAUCACGCGGGAAGAUCUGGAGCAGACGGAAAGCAACGACACGCCGUCGCUGUGCAAGAAGAUCCGCGAUCUGCUCGUCAAAGAGUACGACGCCCGGCGGGCAAGGAUCACACCGUACGAGGACCAGCUAGAAGACAUGGACGAGGAAGAGGCGGAGACGGUGUUCAAGAACGCCGGGCUUGCCAACGACUGGAACAUGUCGCUGUUUCAAUUCGCCAUCAAUCCCUCGUCGUUCGGACAGACGGUGGAGAACCUCUUCUACAUCAGCUUCAUGGUCAAGGACGGCGGCGCCGCGCUAGGGCAGGAUGAGAAUGGGUUUCCCACGAUCCGGUAUGAAAAUCCGCCCGACGCGGCGAAGAGGCGGGAGCAGGAGUUGCAGAGGAAUCAGGCUAUCUUCAGCCUCGACUGGGCGACGUGGGAGAAACUCAUUAAGCUGUUCAACAUUCGCACGCCGAUGAUUCCGCAUCGUGAAUACGAUACCUCCGCUGUCCGUGGUUGGUAUGGGUAAUCUGUUGAUCUGGAGGCUCGUCCAUCAGCUCUUCACUGUGCAUUCUGUGCUUGAAUACAUUCUACAGAGGCGAAGGCGUUCAGUAAGGGGUGUCUCACUGGAACUAUGUUCAACGGGCUAUUAGAGGGAAACGGUUAACGGCCAUGUAGAGGCGUUUUGUUUUAUUAGUUUCAGCUAUUGUCAUCCUAGCUGCCAGCCGCGAACAUCAACGGCUGUUGUAAUACAUUGCAUUAUUGUAUCCUGAUCGAAACCGGAUCAUCUGCGAUUAUAUGUCCUGGCUCGCAGUAUCUAUCCUUUGUACCAAGCCGUCCAAUAGCCUGCUCAAACAGGCACAGAAUCGGCUUCUGGACAAUCUAAGAAGCUCUCAGUCCAGACUCCAGUAUCCAGACACCAAUUUCAAAGGCACAAACCUAUUCCUU